GACCCAAUCUUUUACUUCAUUAUUCUUACUUUCGGGACAAAUUAAUCCUCAGUAUAAGCCUACUUAUAUGUUACAAAUUUACGAAGUGGUCAGAAUCUGUUAGUUUUGCUUCUUCUUCUUCUUCUUCUUCUUCUUCUUCUUCCUGUUCUUCAUCACCAUUAUGGAUACUGAAAAGCGGCAGCUUCACUUGUUUUUCUUCCCAUUCCUGGCUUCAGGACACCUGAUCCCAGCCAUAGACAUGGCCAAGCAAUUUGCUUUGCGUGGUUUGAAAAUAAGCAUAAUCACCACUCCUCUGAAUGCCUCCUUGUUCUCCAAAACCAUUGAUAAAAGCAAAACCAUGGGGUUAGAUAUGAAUGUUCUAGUCAUCGAAUUCCCUUGUGUUGAGGUUGGAUUGCCCAUAGGAUGUGAGAGCUACCAAUUGGCUACUUCACUUGAUCUUCGGACGAAAUUCUUUCAGGCUACCGCCAUGCUAGAGCAACCACUCGAGAAACUUAUUCAAGAAUAUGCUCCUGAUUGCCUUGUGGCCAGCACUUUGUUUCCUUGGACCACUGUUGUUGCUAAGAAGUUUGGCAUACCGAGGCUUAUUUUGAAUUCAAUGAGUUUUUUCUCUAGGUGUACCUUUGAAUGUCUUAGACUAUACGAACCUCACAAAAAAGUUUCAUCAGAAACAGAACCAUUUAUCAUCCCCAACUUCCCUGAUGAGAUCAAGAUGACAAGAAAGCAACUGCCAGAUUUUUAUACACAAAAUGUUCAAACAUAUGCAACGAAGAUGUAUGACCAAGCACUAGAAGCAGAGCUGACGAGUUUUGGGGCUGUUUUCAAUAGCUUCUAUGAGCUUGAACCGGCUUAUGCAAACUUUUACAAGAAGGUGCUUGGACGGAAGGCUUGGCAGAUAGGCCCGGUUUCACUAUGCAAUCAGGACACUGAAGAUAAAGCACAAAGGGGAAAGGAAGCCUCCAUUGAUUUCCACGAAUGUUUUGAAUGGCUUAAUUCGAAGAAACCAGAUUCGAUUGUUUAUGUAUGUUUUGGAAGUAUGGCAAACUUCAAUGAUUCCCAGCUAAAGGAAAUAGCAAUAGGUCUUGAGGCUUCUGAGCAGCAAUUCGUUUGGGUGGUGAAGAAAGAAAAGAAUGAUGGAGGAAAAGAAGAAUGGCUGCCUGAUGGGUUUGAGCAAAGAGUGAAAGGGAAGGGUCUAAUUAUAAGAGGUUGGGCACCCCAGAUGAUGAUUCUUGAUCAUAAAGCGGUUGGAGGAUUUGUGACUCAUUGUGGUUGGAAUUCUACCUUGGAGGGAGUUUCUGCUGGGCUUCCAAUGGUUACAUGGCCAGUUUCCGCUGAGCAAUUUUUCAAUGAAAAGUUUGUAACCCAAAUUUUGAGAAUUGGAGUUGCUGUUGGUGCCCAACAAUGUGCCAGAUUUGUGGGAGAUAGCAUCAAGAGCGAAGCCAUAGAGAAGGCGGUGAUUCAAAUAAUGGUUGGGGCAGAAGCAGAGGAAAUAAGAAGCAGAGCUAGAGAGCUUGGGAAGAAGGCAAAGAAGGCUGUUGAAGAAGGUGGAUCAUCUUACUCUGAUUUGAAUUCUUUAAUCGAAGAACUGAGGUCACAUGGAAUUGCUGGUGCAGCAAGCAAAAACUAGUUGAUUUUUUUUUUUUGGGUGUGUUUUUUCCGGUUCGUGUCUUUUAACUUUGAAGCGUCUAUAACUAAAUAAGCUCUAUUUUUCUGAAGGAUAUGUCAACAUGAAAAAGUCAAUCUUGUGCUCCGUUUAACCGUUUUAGACAUCAAGUUUUAAGUCUGAAAACAUUUGCAAUGAAAAUGUCUUAUUUGUUGGUGUU